AUGUUUUGUCAGUUUGAUUGGUCCCCAACAGCAAGAAUUUAUCUUCAAGCUUACAAACUGGUUAAAGAGGGCCUUGAAGUUCUGUGGAAAAGCAACUUCACUGAUGAGAGAGGAAUUACUCUUAUUGCCUAUGGAUACUUGACUGAAAACUCUAUACUUCAAGGAUUUCCUAUUUUGUCACCCAAUAUUCUCCAGCUUUGUGAGGAAAUUUUAAUAAAGAAUCCUUGCUUUUUGGAGGGACUCCUUUUGUCCUAUGCUUUGCGGGAUUUCAAAAGGGAGAAAUGUUCAGAAGAAAAUUCAAAAACAGAAAACCAAGUAAUACUUUGUAUAAUGAACUUGAUCAGUUUUGUCCAGAAGGCAGAACCCAACAGCUCUCCAUGUGAAGACCCAUUUGAGUUUGAUAAGAACUACAGUAGCUGGCUUCAUGUCUUGUAUUAUCAUUUA